AUAAUUUCUUUUGCACCAAGUAAUAUUCAGGUUCAUGGUAUUCGCAUCUGAUAUGUAAUGAGUUGUAAUGUAAUCCAGUUUUGCUCUGCAUGCACCAUGUCUAAUAUGAAGCAGGACACACCCUUAUGGGAAGGUGAGCACAUAUUGCAAGCUCCUGUUACCUGCUGCCUGUAACAACACAUCUCAAGUUUGGUAUCACUCUUCAAAAUGACCACCAUAAUCAGGGUCCAAAACCAGGAGACUGGGAGCAGCAGACAUACAACACAAGAUGAUAAACCUCCCUCACUGGGAUGCUUUGGCUGGUUCAUUAUCUUUAUCGCCAUCAUUAUCACUAUAGGGUUGCUUCCUGUUACCAUGUUUAUGUGCAUCAAGAUUGUGAAGGAGUAUGAAAGGGCUGUGAUCUUUCGAUUAGGUCGUAUUGUGGACAAGAAACCAAAAGGACCUGGAAUUUUCUUUGUGCUGCCAUGUACUGAUACAUUCAGGAAGGUGGACUUAAGAACGGUGACAUUUGAUAUUCCUGCUCAAGAGUUUCUGACAAAGGACUCUGUGACCGUAAGUGUGGAUGGUGUGGUGUACUUUCGUGUCUUUGACCCGAUCUGUUCCGUGGCCAACGUGUCGAAUGCAGACCAUGCAACACGGCUGUUGGCACAGACCACCCUGCGAAAUGUUCUGGGCACAAAGAGCCUGUCAGAGCUGCUGUCUGACAGAGAGGGCAUUUCAUACAACAUGCAGAUGGCCUUGGAUGAGGCCACUAGCGUGUGGGGCAUUAAAGUGGAGCGAGUGGAGAUAAAGGAUGUUAAGCUGCCCAUCCAGCUUCAGAGAGCCAUGGCUGCAGAAGCUGAAGCUGCUCGAGAAGCACGUGCAAAGGUGAUUGCAGCUGAGGGUGAGAUGAAUGCCUCGCGGGCACUGAAGGAAGCGUCUCUAGUGAUCUCUGAGUCACCAUCAGCUCUGCAGCUGCGAUACCUCCAGACUCUAAACGCCAUAGCAGCAGAAAGAAACUCCACCAUUAUCUUCCCCGUGCCUAUUGAUCUCAUUCAGCAUUUCACAUCAAAAAAGAAUGAAUGAUUUCCAGAUUUCCAUGAUUCUAGUAUUUUUAAAAAGCUGUAAUGUGAUGUUUAUUUUUUUCCUUUUUCUGUGAAACCGAAUUCAGUGAGAAAAAAAUGCUGCCUUUGAAGGAAUAGUUCACCCAUAAAUGAA